AUGCACGCCUCCAGCUUCAUCGCCCUCCUGGCCGCUUCGGCCGCCUCGGCGUCUCCCCUAAUGGCCCGCAGGCCCACUGCCACCUAUGCCCCCGCUCCCAAUGGCAUGAAUCCCAAUGCCUCCGCCUCGAGCGCCGGCAUGGGAACUGGCGCUCCUGUUGCUACCGGCCUGCUUGGUAAUCCCAGCGCCACUCCCAACCCUGUCACACCCAAGGGGCUCGUUGGUGAGCUCCUGACUGAGGACAGCACUGUCACCCGCUUCAAGGCUAUCAAGGAGGACAUUGCUGCCGGCGAGAUCAGCCUGGUGUUCGACCACAACCCUGCUGCCAACCCCAAUGUCACAGCCGGCGCCGGUGGCCAGGUUGACCUUGCAAACCAGGCUAACUUCCCUGUCUUGACCGGGCUCGGCAUUUCCUCUGCGACGAUCUUCUUCCAACCCUGUGGCCUCAACACCCCGCACAUCCACCCUCGUGCUACCGAAUACUUCACUUUGGCCACCAAGAAUAAGAUGAAGACCGGCUUCGUUCUCGAGAACGGCGAGACGGACGAGUUCACCGCCGAGCUCGGCAUCUGGCAGGGUACCGUCUUCCCUCAGGGUUCCAUCCACUGGCAGCAGAACGAGGACUGCACGCCGGCCGUUGGUGUCGCCGGCCUCAACUCCGCCGACCCCGGUGCCAGCAGCAUCGCCCAGAACUUCCUGCGCUUCACCAACGGCGACGUCGUUGAUGCUGCCCUUGGCUUCCCUGCUGAGAUCAACGCUUCCAACUUUGCACAGUUCCAGAACGCGAUUCCCGCCCCACUGGCUAAGGGUGUGAAGGAGUGCCUGGUCCGCUGCAACAUUGCGCACUGA